CCACCUCACAAAUAGAGGUACAUAGAGCAGGAUAACGCACUGCCAAGGCUCCGAGAAUACAAUCAGCACUGCACUUAUGUUUUUUGCUGGGACUAACUUUUUGGAUGCAGGAAUAAUUCUCUUGAGUGGAAUAAUAACUUUUGUUUAUGAUGGCAUUUUAUUCAUCAGAGGAGAAUUUCAACCUUGGUUAUAUCCAAGUAAAAUGGAGGAUAGCUUUGAUUGUGAUUGUGGUGAGCUUGAGCCACCUGAUCAUUGAGGGUGAAAGAUUUUUUUGAACAAGAUUCAUUUCAAAUUUAUAGAUCAGGUGAAGAAAUUUAAGAAAAAGAAUAUUUGUGCAAUAAGGCACAUUUCAUAUGAAGCUACUCAGGACCAGUCGUACACUGAAUGUAUUUGCACUGUGAGGAUGUGACUACAUCUUUCUAGUUUAACCUAAUCCCAGUGCUUUUUUUUUUUUUACUCCCUUCCAAUUGGCCUGGAAUUUUCAUUCCAAUAUAGUUUAUAAACACUAGUUUACUUGGAGCUGUUAAAAUAAUUUGUUAUAUUAAAUAUUUUUCCUACUGAACAUGGAGGGAACGUAUGAUUUCACAUUAGUGCCCCACAUCUGACAUUGACGGCUAACCAGGGGGACUGGGUAGUCAUCUGUACAGGGGUUAGUUGGAUCAUCCUUUGAAGGAAAGGGGGAAUUUUUUUUAACAAAUUCCUCUUUAGGUGUUAAAGUUGGGCUUGUAAAAGGCCUGAAAAUAAACUUGAAAAUAGCUUAAAGCCUAAAAAACAUCAUCAUGGCAGAAAAGUUUGAGUCAUUGAUGAAUAUCCAUGGCUUUGACCUGGGAUCUCGCUACAUGGACUUGAAGCCUCUGGGCUAUGGAGGAAACGGCCUGGUGUUUUCAGCGGUCGACACUGACUGUGACAAGCGUGUAGCUGUGAAGAAAAUUAUCUUGACUGAUCCCCAGAGUGUCAAGCAUGCCCUGCGGGAAAUCAAGAUAAUUCGACGACUUGAUCACGACAACAUUGUCAAGGUGUUUGAGACCCUAGGCCCCUGUGGUCGCAGGCUAACAGAAGAUGUGGCAUCGCUGACAGAGGUAAACUCUGUCUACAUUGUACAGGAGUACAUGGAGACAGACCUCUGUCAGCUGCUGGAGCGAGGCCCUAUGUCUGAAGGCCACGCCAGGCUCUUCAUGUACCAACUCCUAAGGGGCCUAAAGUACAUCCACUCUGCCAAUGUGCUGCACCGUGACCUCAAGCCUGCCAACCUGUUUGUUAACACAGAGGACCUAGUACUUAAGAUUGGGGACUUUGGGUUGGCCCGCAUCAUGGAUCCUCACUACUCUCACAAGGGCCAUCUCUCUGAAGGUCUCGUCACAAAGUGGUACCGAUCUCCACGGCUGCUGCUGUCUCCUAACAACUACACCAAAGCUAUCGACAUGUGGGCGGCUGGAUGCAUCUUUUCUGAAAUGCUCACUGGGAAAACACUCUUUGCAGGAGCACAUGAGCUUGAGCAAAUGCAGCUGAUCCUGGAAUCCAUCCCUGUUCUGAGAGAGGAGGAUCGGCAAGAGCUCCACAGCGUCAUCCCUGUCUUCAUUCGCAGUGACAUGUCAAAGCCUCACACUCCGCUGGCCAAGCUGUUGCCUGACAUUAGUCCACAGGCCCUGGAUUUUCUGGAGAAGAUCCUCACCUUUAACCCCAUGGAUCGCCUGACUGCAGAGGAGGCCCUGGCCCACCCCUAUAUGGCUGACUACUCCUUCCCCUUGGAUGAGCCCGUCUCUCUGCACCCCUUUCACAUUGAGGAUGAAGUAGAUGAUAUCCUGCUCAUGGAUCAGAGCCAGAGCCACACCUGGGAACAAUACCACGAGAGCCAGUUCUCAGAGGCUGAUUGGCACUUGCACAGCACCCAUGACCCAGAUGAAGUUCAGGUUGAUCCAAGAGCUCUCUCUGAUGUCACAGAUGAAGAGGAAGUACAGAUUGAUCCACGGAAAUACACCGAUGGAGAUCGAGAGAAGUUUAUGGACGAGCCAUCCUUCGAUUACUCAAGUCGCCAUCCAUCAGAGCGAUCUUGGCAGGAAGACCAUCAUGAGAAUAAAUACUGUGACGUGCAGUGUAGCCACACCUGCAACUACAAGGCUGUGUCACCCUCCUAUUUGGACAACCUCAUCUGGAGGGACAGUGAAGUCAACCACUACUACGAACCCAAGCUCAUCAUCGACCUCUCCAACUGGAAAGAGCAGCAGAGCAAGGAGAAGGCAGACCGCAAGGCCAAGAGCAAGUGUGAGAAGAAUGGGCUUGUUAAAGCCCAGAUUGCUCUGAAGGAGGCUGAGAAGACCCAGAGCCAUGCAGAGAAGGACAGUGCACAAGAAAAACACCAGACCGAAAGACCUCAAAGUCAACAGAACCAAGGCUUUGACUUUGACUCCUUCAUUGCCAGCACCAUUAAACUGAGCCUGCAACCUGAGCCCUGUCAGGAGGUGACUUUGCUCAGCGAAGUAGGCCUUCUGAAUGAGCUCAACUUUUCUGUCUCCCAGCUGGAGGCUCCUCGCCCCAGCUCCGUAUCAAAGACCAUAAGUCAGGAGAAGGAAGAGAAGUGCCUGGUAAACCUUGCCCAGUUAGGCGGAGGUGGUUUAGGGGUUGUUGCAGCAGACUGCGUUUGGCCCGCUAAGCCCUGGGAAAACUUCAGCUCCGGGGAAAUAGUCGGGGAGAAUGGAUGUCUGAUAGAUGAAGCAUGCUGGGACAUUCGUAACGUGGACCACUUCCAGAAGGAGAGCACUUACACCAGCUACCUGGACCACCUGUUCAGCCGCAAAGAGGAGGGAGUUGCAGAGACUGUGACCAGUUCUGAGAUGGAGCCCUCAGUGGUGAAAGAGCUGGAUGACGGCUUCCUGGACAGUAGUGCAGAGAUUGUGUUUAAUAUGCAGCUGGACACUCUGGCCCUGCCUGGCUUUGACAGCCCCGAUGACUUGCCUCUAAAAUCCAUCCAGGCUUCCCUCACACCUUGCGCUGUCAAAUGCUCUCCACAAAUCGCUCACAAAACCUACAGCAGCAUCUUCAAGCAUCUUAAUUAAAGUAAAAUCUAUAUCUUCCCUCAGUGCAAAAUGUAGGCAGUUUUGUUUUUAUUUUGUUUUAUGUUAUUUUUUUAUAAUAUGGUAUGUUGUACUUGAAUCAUUUCAUACCUUUUUUAUUGUGUUUUUUUCUCUCUUGGAGUUGAUUUAUUAUAUUUAAGGAGUUUGUCAUCACUCUAAGCCUUGAUCACCUGGCCUUUAUGGGAUAGCGUCUACGCCUUCAUUGCUAAUCUGGCAUGUCACUCGCACACCUAAGUACUGUAGAUGGAUUCGUGAGAUGAGGUUUGGCUGUGGUUCGUUUUAUUUACUGUUUUAUUUUGAUGUGACAUGAGACGAGGUGUUGGACUAACAUUGCUGUGGGCUUUUAAAGUACUUUCAAGCAGUUUUUCCUGUUUCAGAAUAUCUACACAAGGGGUGAAAAUGGAGGGGUGUGUGGGGUCUUUAUUUUUUGACUAUCAUUUUCCCUGAAGAAAGCUUCCUUUACCAACCCUUUCAUACUGUAAAUCUGACACAUGAUGCCAGCAGCAACCAUUAUCGUAGGUGUUUAAAAUGUAAAUGUGUUAUCUACCUCAAGGUAACAGCCGUGAGAGACGCUCAAAGGCGCACUAGUGCUUUACACACAUGACCAUCCUCAUACCAUGAAUUGAAGUGGUCGCCGAGAAGAAUCUCUCAUUUAAGGUGUUUCAGUAAUCAUUAUUUAUUUCUAGCAGAUGUGCGAUAUUUAUUUUAUGAAACUGUGUUAUGUCGAUGUGAUUAUUGAAGAGUUGGACAAACUUCCAUUUUCAUUUCGGCGCUAAAAGGAUGUGCAAGUGUUCCGCAGUUCUAAAAGAAGCUGAAGCUUUCCAUUUUCCAUCAAUAUUGUUCUUCUGGGUAUCGUUCUUUUUUUUAAUAUAGUUGCGUUCAAUCUUUAGUGGGAAAACUUGUGGUUGAAAGAAGCGCCUAAAAGUCUUAAGUUUUUUUUUAAUCCAGGUGUUGAAACGGGAAAAAAAAUGCGAGCAUGGAGGCGACAGAAAGGUACAUCAAAAGUAAAGUUAAUGGCGAGUAUAAUGUUUGUCAGUUUUAAUUGUACAUCUUUUGUUAAAUUUCUAUGUACUUUUUUCCAGGCAAGCAUGAUGAAUUAGGUUAAGGUGUAGCAUGUAGAACACUUAUGGACUUUUUUGUAAUCAUUGGUUCCCCCUGUUCUACAAAAUAUCUCCCAAAAUAAAGAUUACUGGCAAAUA